AAUCAGCCCUUAAACUUGGAUUCAAAGCUUUUUGGAUUUGUUUUGGCCACUUGUAUCUCCAAUGUUUCACAGCUCCUGAUAAAUAUAAGGAUUAAAUUUCAGUGAACAGAAAAAAAUCCACAUAAAGUGAUGAAACUUGUGGUUUGUGAGUGCCUGUGUACAUCUUAUGAGUCAUAAUCACAGUUUGAAGAAGAAAACACUCCCCCUUCCCUCCACAAUGAUUGAUUAUUAUGGCAACCAUCCAGGUUGCUGGUGCGUUGUCGUUGCGCACGGGAUUUGGCCCCUCUCACAUCAAAGGGCCCUCAGGAAAGGGGUGGUCCCGGGGCUAGGGGAUAUAAAGGAGGGACCGGCUCACUUCUGACUGCAAGGCAAGAGCAGAGAAGAGACUAAAACGGGCCGGCAGAGGCAAAGAUCUGCCCCCGAACGCAAAGAAACUGAGACAUCUGCUGAGUUUUGGAGAGACGGAGAGCUGUUGGAUUUUACUGCAGUGAUCCAGAGUUUAUUUUUAUUAAAUGAACGGACUUUUAUCUGCAACAAGUCAGUCUGCACAUAACUUUGAUCGAGUUUUGCACUGGAUUUGAUCCCAUUUUGUGCGUAAUUUUGUGGAACUUUUGUAGCGUGUAGUGGAAAACCUUUAAAAGGAUUAUUGAGACUUUAUUAUCCCUCCAGCAGCUGGAUUUUUAGAGCUUUAUCAUGUUGCUUUUACGCGUUUCCAUUGGUUUCAUUGCCGCUCUGUGCGUCGGCGCAUGGGAAGAGAGCACCGUGGUACCCGUCAGACUCGACCCCUCAGCCCGAUCCGAUCCAUGGAGGACUGUCUCCCCAGAGGAGAAGCAGAAGGAGGCGGAGAUGAGGGAGUAUCGCCUGGACGUAUUUGGAAAGGAGCUCUUCUUGCAGCUCGAGCCAGACCAGACCUUCCUGGCUCCUGGUUUUGUCUUCAGCUUGGUGGGCAGUCCCGAGUCAGAACCCACGCAGGAGCCGAGGAGCGGAGCCGAGCCGAGCUGCUUCUUCUCCGGCACGGUGAACGGAGAGGAGCACUCCGCCGCUGCGCUCAACCUGUGCCACGGACUCAGAGGAGGAUUCUACUACGAGGGGGAAGAGUUUUUCAUUCAGCCCUUAAACUCCACCGACUUCCAGGGCUCUGACGAGGAUCUGCACGUCAUCCGGCGGAGGGGUCGAGCUGCUCAGGCCGAGGAGGGCAGCUCCAAGUGCGGGGUCAACGAGGACGAGGAGAGGGUGCCAAAGAAUCUGGAGAAAGAGGCUUGGAGUGGAGCCGUUAACGCAGAGCACACAGCCCAUCACAGAGCCAGACGUUUUGUCUCCACCCCUCGCUACCUCGAGAUCAUGCUUGUCGCUGACCAGUCCAUGGCCGAGUUCCACGGCGCCGGGCUCAAACCCUACCUUCUCACCAUCAUGGCAGUUGCAUCCCGCCUUUACCGCCACCCCAGCAUCCACAACUCUAUCAGCCUAGCGGUAGUGAAGCUAUUAGUGGUGUACGAAGAGGAGCGAGGCCCUCAGGUGUCGUCCAACGCUGCCAUGACCCUUCGCAACUUCUGCCAGUGGCAGCGUCAGCACAACCCAGCCAGCGAUCGUCAUCCUGAGCAUUAUGACACCGCUGUGCUCUUCACCAGAACGGAUCUUUGUGGCGCCCACUCUUGUGACACUCUUGGCAUGGCUGAUGUUGGCACGGUAUGCGACCCAGACAGGAGCUGCUCCAUUAUUGAAGACGAUGGUCUUCAAGCAGCAUUUACUGUUGCCCAUGAACUUGGUCAUGUCUUCAACAUGCCCCAUGAUGACGCCCAGCUGUGCUCUGGCGUCAACGGUGCCCACUGGGGCUCCCACAUGAUGGCGUCCACCUUAUCCAACCUGGACCAGCAGCAGCCUUGGUCCCCUUGUUCCGCCCUCAUGGUCACUACCUUCCUGGAUAACGGCCACGGUCAGUGCCUUUUGGACAAACCAGUCAAGCCUCAAACGCUUCCACAGCCCCUUCCUGGGACGGUCUAUGACGCCGAUCAUCAGUGUCGACUCACCUUUGGCGAAGAUUCCCAGCAUUGCCCGGAUUUGAGUACCACAUGUGCAGCUCUGUGGUGCACUGUGACGACGUCAAAUGGUUUGUUGGUGUGCCAGACCAAGAACUUCCCCUGGGCUGAUGGAACGCCGUGUGGGCAUGACAGUUUCUGCCUGGCUGGACAGUGUCUUACGAAGAGCCAAGCCGCCAAACACCAGACUCCUGUUAACGGUGGUUGGGGCUUGUGGGGUCCGUGGGGUGAUUGCUCUCGCACCUGCGGUGGAGGAGUCCAGUACUCCUUCCGCUCUUGUGAUAACCCUUUGCCCAAGAAUGGAGGCAAGUACUGUGAGGGCAAGAGGAUCCAGUACCGCUCCUGCAACACAGAAGCCUGCCCUGAUACCAAUGGCUUGUCAUUCCGCGAGGAGCAGUGCCUGGCCCACAACGACAUGUCAGCCCAAGUGUCACUGGGUUCAGGCGAGGGUGUUGAGUGGGUGCCCAAGUAUGCCGGAGUUUCACCCAAAGACCGCUGCAAGCUGGUGUGCCGCGCCAAGGGGACUGGAUACUUCUUUGUCCUCAAAUCCAAGGUGGCUGACGGUACACCCUGCAGUCCAGACUCCACUUCAGUCUGUGUCCAAGGCCAGUGCGUCAAGGCUGGAUGUGAUCGUGUUAUUGGAUCCAACAGGCGCUUUGAUAAGUGCGGCAUAUGUGGUGGAGACGGUUCUACGUGCAAGAAAGUGUCUGGAUCUCUUGAGCGUGCAAGGCCUGGUUACCAAGACGUUGUUGUAAUCCCUGCUGGUGCCACUCAUGUAGAUGUCAAGCAGCGGGCCCCAGGUAAUGGCCGCCAUGAUAACAGCUACUUGGCUGUGCGUCGCCAGGAUGGAACCUACCUGCUGAAUGGAGAUUACAAGCUCAAUACCAUGGAGACUGACAUUGCCUUGCAAGGGUCACUGUUGCGAUACAGCGGCUCUUCUGCCACACUGGAGCGCCUUCGCAGCUUCGCCCCACUCCCUGAGCCCCUCACCAUCCAAGUGCUGUCGGUUGGAGAAGCUCCAAGACCCAGAGUGAAGUACAGCUACUUCGCACCUCGACCCAAGAAUUCCGCUUCAAACCCUAACAGCAACGGAGGCCGUCGCCAGUCCAUCAAUGCCAUCCGAGAGGUCGGGGGAGCUGAGUGGACCCUAAGGGAGUGGGGUCCGUGCUCGCAGACUUGUGGAGGUGGCACGCAGCAGAGAGAGGUGGUGUGUUUGGAUCCCCAGGGUCGUCCCUCAAGAGAUUGUCCAGAAGAGCUGAGGCCACUGGCGUCGAGAUCCUGCGCGCCUCAGCCCUGCCCCUCAUGGCUUCUUGGAGAGUGGUCAGCAUGCUCAAAGACCUGUGGACGAGGCUUCCGCAAACGCCAACUGCGCUGCAUCGGGCACGAUGGGCGCACGUUAACUCAUGACAGCUGUGACUCCAAAGACCGGCCACGACCCUUGCUUGAACUGUGCAAUCAGGGUGCCUGUUAAGGACUGCUUAACCCUAACCCUAUCCUAACCUUUCCCUAACCCUACCCUCCAGCUUUCAGAAAGACACCGGAUAAAAACUCUGAUCUUCACUGCCUUGGUUUUCUGAACAACAACCCCGAGAGGCUGAUGAAUGUUUACAUCCAGAACCAGCGUGCUACAAGUUUCCUCUGGUUCAUGGACGUCCCAAUGGGUCCAAAAUGACUCUUAAGGCGCCUUUUUACCCAUAAUCUCCAUCCAUUUUGGUCCAACUGGCGCCAGCAACAGAGACUGAUUCUAGCCUGUCUUGCCUCAGUGCAGUAGUGGCACAUUUUACCUCCUGUUAAGAGGAAGAAAGCAUGGACAUUCCUGAUUUUUAAGGAGCAUGCUGCUUACUGUGCCAAUGCUUGUGUGCGUGAGUUUGAGAGUGAGUGUGUAAAUUUUAAUGCAUGUUUAUGAUGUUUGUCCAAGCUGGGCUGGACAGACAUGUGGGGGAGGUUAUAUCAGAGUAUAUAAAUGAAAGAGAAGAGCUCAUAUUGUACAUGCUCAGCCCAUCAGGUAUGGAUUAUAAGAUAGCAAAUAGUGUUUAUGUUCAAACUGCCAGUUUUGUUUAUUUAUCACAAACCUGUAGCACUUCAUUUUUUUGUCUUUACCAGCGGCACAUCGUAACACCCAGUUGUCUCUAAAUGCCUCAGUACUUUGCCUUUAGCCAUAUCUUGCCCUCAUCUACACAGCGUUUAAUGAGGGAACUCUUCAAAGACCAAAGACGAGCGAGUGUUUGUGUUCAUGAGUGAGUGUGGAGAACUAAAGAGGGACUUGUCUCCUGCUAAUACUUCAUAAGUAAGUCUCUCUGCCUUCUGAGAAGGCAUCUUGUUUUUUUCUAUCAUGUCUCUUCCUUUUUGUACAGAAUAUCCAAACAUUAUUUAUUUUUGUACAGCCUGUUAAAUAUAAUCAUGUGGCUUUUUUAAUAUUAUUUUUAUUUGUUAUUGAGAUCACAGAAGGGAGUAGUAUAUAUAGAGUAUUUAUACAGUGUUUUAUAUAUAUAAAUAUAUAUAUAUGGUUCUAGGUUCAUGAAUAAAGAUUCACAUUGACUUGU